AUGUUCAGACGCAAAACUCGAAAUUCCACCGCCUAUACCGGCGUGGGCCAUGCUUCUCCCGCAGCACAGCAACCAAACAACAACGCCAUGGCUGCUGCGCUAACCAUAGGAGAGAACUUGAAGGUGACACAGCCAGAGAAGUACCGAUCUCAAGGUGGCUCGCUCCGUGCCUCUCAAUCGCAAACACGUUCACUGGGCUCGCUCUUGAAGAGAAGCUCCAGUAUACAAGGUCCCCAGAUAAAAGCAACCAGCACACCCAGAACUUCAAGGGCAUCGUCCAAUGCCAGUACUAGCCGCCAGGCUCCAGCUUCGGCUCACCAUCCAGCGUCGCCACAGCGUGCUCCACCACGUGCAGCAGCAUCUCCGGCUCGCAUCUCCUACAGUGUUGAUGACAGUUUCAACGACUCCAUGUUGGAGCAAAUGGGCCACGAAGCCGAUGCCCAUUACAGCAACCGCGCCAAAUUGAGCGACUUGAAACUCCAGCACACUCCGGCACAACCCGCACCAGUGAAGAUGGUCAAGAAAUACAUCCCGACUCCAAAUGGAAUCCAGGUAAUUGAGGUGCCGGAAGCAACCAUGAAGAAAGAAAUAGCCCGCUCCAAUUCGUUGCGUUCAGGCUUGUCUCUCAACCGCAACUCAUUGCGGUCUGUUCCCAGACUGCCUUCAUUGAACGGAGUUCCCAGACUGCCUUCGAAUGGUUCACUUCCACUGCCUGUAAAGAGACCUCCUCCACGUUCACAUGCCCAGAGACACUCAUCAUUGUUAAGCGAGCUGAGGAUUGAUGAGAAUGUUGAAGGAGAGCUGCAGUCGGCCUCAGAGGCGGCACUUGCCGAACAGAGGGCAGAGCACGAACUCCUCAAACGUCAAAUUGCUGAAGAGGAACGCUUGGCUAAGGAAUUGGAGCAGCAGCGCUUGGAGUACGAGCACUUGAAGGAGUUGCGCUUGAAGAAUGAGCAGCGCAUGCGUGAGCUCAAGGAGCUCGAGGAAGAGGAGGCUCGCUCGCGGACUCUUAGCCCUGUUUCCGAGCUGAACCCAGCCACACUUGCCGGAAGUUACGACAUUGCGCAUCAGGUGGUAGGAUCUUUCCCCCCAGACACUAAACAAGGUGCAACCGAAGAGGACGACGACGAAGAAGAUGUGCCAAUUGAGCCAUUGCCAUUCGUGGUGGAUGAACUUGAGAAGAAAGAGAUUGAGGAAGUGGCCGACGCAACUCUUGCUGAUGGCACAGUUGCACACAAACAUGAUAGCAAACACGACCAAGAUCACAGUCAUGACGUUCCAACCUCUCAUCUUGCUCCAGCUGUCGACCACGAGCUCCACAGUAAGACAUUGGACGACACCUUGGAUGCUCCAUCAAGCGAAUAUUCUCUUGAAGUUCCUAGCUUUGAUGCCUCAUCUCGCAAGAUAUCCACGGAAGAAAACAAGGACGAAUUUGGUAUUGAGGAAGUUCCUAAUGACGAUUUCGACACUCCUAACCUCGCCAAACAAUUGCGCCCAGUUUUCGAUCCUAUUGAUGUUCAACAAAUUGAUUCUCCAACUCCUUCUCCGAGAUUUGACCCUGUACCUGAGAUUAUCGAUAACGAGGGCACUGGAAGAUUGACUCCGCCACCACUAAACUUGGCGGCUGCUUCAAUUACCUCCGUGGGCAGUCUGGACUCUAAGAGUAGCAGACCUAUUAAGUCUGCUAUGAAGAUGCCUAAGGCUACAUAUCUGACGAAGUCUGCUUCAUCACAUAGCCCUGCACAACAGGCGUACCUUUCUUUGACCACUGCUGAGAACACCCGCUUGAACUCCAAGCUCUCUUCAUCUCAAUUGACAGAUGUCAAUGGUCUUGUUCCUGUGGAUCAAAGACCCUCGCCUCCGAAGUCGCCAGUCACACCACAGAAGAGAAUGUCGCAAAGUUUGAGAAAGCCGCCCAGCUCUACCGCACCUCCAAGUGGAAGUAUGGCUGGUCGCUCCCUAAGACCCAGAUCCCAAUCUGACGUUUCACAGACACCUCGCACUAAUGGUGGAGGUAUGAGCUCAAGAACCUUCAAAACACAACCGCAACCAAUUCCUCCACAUCCAGCGUUGCAACCUAAUUAUCAGUCACCAUCGAAAUUGAGAGCUGCCGAGUUAUACGCGAAGGCAAAUAACAGACCAAGAUCUCAGUUUCAGCCUGCAAUCAAAAGGAAAUCAUCAUUCACAAAGGACCACGAUCAUGGCAAGCCUGAGACUGCUCAAGCUCGUCCUGCGUCGCAGCAAAUUAAUCAUAGAACCACCUUACGAACGGAGAGACCCCAGUCUCAUGUGCCACCAGCAUACUCAACGCAUGCUUCUUCGAAUCCCUCAGCAGCUCCAGCACAGACUAGCAACGGUGGAGGGUUUAAGGCCUUCAAAUCAAGAUAUGCAGAUUCGGACGAUGAAGACUCCUCAUAUCCAAUCUACACGUCUGCUAACACUGGACUAAACUCUCGCUUUAAAGAUUCACAUGAUGACUUGCCUGGUGCAGGUGGACAAGGCUUCUCCAAAACCGCUGGACGUGACGAGGUGAUGCAUACACCUAUCGUGUCUCUUCGUGAUAACAAGAGUAAAAAUGAUGCACCCAAGGAAGAAAAGCCAAAGAAGAAGAAGUUUUUGAGGAAACUCUUUGGCAAGAGUUAA